AUGCAUGGCGGUGUGCAGGUCAUUGAGGGCAUCAGAGUUCACCUGCACGAGCGCGAGCUGUGGAGGAAGUUUCAUGACGUCACCACGGAAAUGAUCAUCACCAAAGCGGGCCGACGAAUGUUCCCGAGUUACAAAGUGAAGGUCACGGGUUUGAACCCCAGAGCCAAAUACAUCCUGCUGAUGGACAUCGUGUCUGCUGAUGAGCACCGCUACAAAUACGCAGAUAACAAAUGGUCAGUGAGUGGGAAGGCGGAUCCAGCUAUUCCAGGUCGAUUGUAUGUUCAUCCCGACUCUCCGGCACCUGGAGCUCACUGGACCAAACAACUUGUCUCCUUCCAGAAACUCAAACUGACCAACAACCACCUGGACACCUUCGGCCAUAUCAUAUUAAACUCUAUGCAUAAAUACCAGCCACGACUGCACAUAGUGAAGGCUGAUGAGAAGAACAGCUUUGGCUCCAGCAACACGGCGUUCUACACACACUCGUUCCCCGAGACCAUUUUUAUCGCCGUCACGUCCUACCAGAACCACACGAUCACUCAGUUGAAGAUUGAGAACAAUCCGUUUGCAAAGGGUUUCCGUGGUAACGAUGACAUCGAUAUCCACCGAAUAUCUUGUGCACAGAGUAAGGAAUUCCCACUGGUACCAAGAACGACAGUUCACCCAAGAGUCAGUUUAGCCACACCCUACACACUUAACCCCGCCCUCACAUCUGACUAUACCAGCUCAGAGCCUCCAGGAGAACACACUCCUGCAUCAGAAGACAACUGUUUCACCAAAACGGACUCUUCCUCUCACCUCUUGACUUACCAGAUGGGGUUUGGGUCGAGAAACAGAGCCCCCUACAGCGCGGAUUCAGUGCAGCAUCAGCCGUGUAUGUACACCAACGUUCAGUGGGAAUCUUACACUGAGUGCCCAGCGUAUACAACAUUCACUUCCUCUCGGGAAGUGGGUGGAGCUUCAUACUCCCCACCUGAACUUUCCCAGGAUGUCUACCCACAAUACACCUGUGAAGCAGGUGUGCAGUCGCAUUGCCUGAUGGCUGAUUACGCUCUGUACAGCGAGCAGGAGCAGAGUCACAGCGUGAGCAGCAGAGUGGGGUGGUAACUAACAGAGCUCCGCCCUCUGACGUGUCAGUCUCAGACUUUUGUCUUGUUCGUGACAUAAAAUUUCAGACCUGAUGUUUUUAUCUAGAACAAACAAGUUAAUACGCAACAACUUGGAGCAAUUUCAGGCAACUGAGAGGUAUAGAAGCCACGCCUCCUUUUCCAUAAGUGACAGAAACACAGGCCACACCUACUUCUCUGGAAGUAACAGACACAGAACCCAUCCCACCUUCCCUGUGACUGACGAGCACAUGCCUAAGGUUGUGCCCGGGAUAACAGAUUUAAAGGCCACACCUCUUUGCUGAGACUGACACGCCCAUAGGCCACACCUCCAUCUCUGGAACAUGUCCAGAGGCCACACCUCCUUCCUUGUAAAUGCCAAUAGGACGUUCCUCCUUCACUAAGGCUGACAGCCCUAGAGGUCACGCCUCCUUCAAGAAGAGUGACAGCUACAGAGACCAUGCCUCCAGAAUGUAAAGAUCAUACUUCUAAAAUUCUUGUUGACACACAAAACUAGCAAACGGGUUAGCAAGAGGAAUUCUGGGUAAUACACACAUCGGUGUCUGUUAUGGAGAGAGACAAAGAGUAAAAAAUUAGUCAAUCACGGAAAAAUGAUUCGGGUCUGAAGUAAAUGAUUCAGCAAUUAAUUACUGAAUCACUGAAUCAGAUAAAUGAUUCCAGCAACGAAUCUCUGAAUCAAAGACAAAUGAGUCCACAUUCUGAAACUCAGUGAUAAAUGACAGAGCAAUAAAUCACUGAAUCAUCGACAAAUGCCAUAAUUUCUGAUAAGCUCAUCUAUUAAUUACUGAAUCACUGGUAAAUGGAUCUUUAAUGAAUCUUUUAAUGACAGAGAAAUGAAGCUAUAAAUCAAAGACAAAUGAUUCCACGUUCUGAAAUAAAUCAUGACAUGACAGGUUGAAUCAAAAGUGUGUGUGUAAAAUGUCUGCGACAAUAAUCGACGAAGCGGAUAAACCAAAUGAUUCUGAAUCACUGAGUCUUUUUAUUGUGUCGUUUUGAUUUGAACUAUUUAAUUCACUAACUC